AUGACAACAAGGUAUUCGGAAAUUUUCUGGGGGCUGCUGGACCCUUGGAAGUUCAUGUUCAACUCUUUGAGCUACCUGCCCUCGACUGUUGUCCGUCUCGUCCGCACAAGGAGCAUCUUCUCUCUGGCCACGCUGCAAAGCGAAUGGUUUUCUGAUUUCUGGGCCUGGGCGGGGCCCGGUGUGAGAGACUCGGCCCGUCCCAAGGUCGUCCCUCUGCUGCAGGGCCGAGUGCAUGCUGGCAGAGCAGUCGACUACGAGGCACACCCGCCCGUCUCCGGGACGGUGCUGGAGAUCGGUCCCGGCAGCGGCAUGUGGGCUGGUCUGCUAGCCUCGACGGAGGCUACGCGGAUCAUAGGCGUCGAGCCCAACACGGCCGUGCACCCGGCCCUCAAGGCUGCCGUUAAGAAGCACGACCUUGCAAGCCGCUACGAGAUGGUGCCGUACGGGAUCGAGGCCCUGGCCGACGCGGGAGUCGUGGCCGAGGGCCAAGUAGAUUGCAUAGUCAGCAUCCUUUGCCUCUGCAGCAUCCCGGACCCAGAACACAACAUGCGGCAGCUCUACCGCUAUCUCAAGCCCGGUGGGAGGUGGUAUCUGUACGAGCACGUCCGAUGCGAACACAGCCGCUUCAUGGUGUUGUAUCAAGCUCUGGUAAACAUAUUUUGGCCGCGGGUCAUUGGAGGUUGCCAGCUUCGGAGGAGGACGGGCGAGCUGAUUCGUGCCGCCGGCGACUGGUCAGAUGUCGACCUCGAGUCGCUCUACCAGGAGCCUUGGUAUAACACCGUACCUCACAUACUGGGAAUCGCAACCAAGUGA